ACGUUCGGAAUGACCCACUUGGCCCUCACUUGGCCCUCUGGACCUUCGUAGAGGGAGUCCUCUGCGGGCUUGGUGCCCUAUGCCCUAUCGCAAGUCAGAGGGGCAGGGGCAGAGGCAGGAUGCAGAGGCAGAGGCAGAAGCAGGAGCAGAGGCAGAGGCAGAGGCAGAGGCAGAGGCAGAGGUAGAAGCAGGAUGCUCCAGUGAUGUUUGUAGUAAGCCAUGGCUCAGAGGCGGUUCCCUCUGUGUUUUUGUAUUCUCUUUGGGUUGUAAUCUGGCUGCCGUUCUUGAGACCAGUGUCUGCCUGUGCAAGUGCUCACGUCAUUACAACAUAAGAGCAGGAACUGUAAUAUUCAUCAUGUCGAUGAUGUUGGAUAAUGGUGUCUGCCUCCCUAAUGGGUCGGCAACUCAAGCAGCAAGUAUUAUCCCUCCUGUGCCAAGAGAGUCACCGGUUAAAGUGGUCUUGAGAUGCAGGCCACCUCCCUCACUUUCGAAUGGCAUGGGAAAUGGUGUUGGGGGUGGCAGUCCCACUCAUCCCAUGGUUGAAGUGAUCACUCGAUGCCCAGACCACCCAAAUGCAGUACGAGUGCAGGAUAAAAUUUUCUUUCUGGAUGGUGUGUCAUUUGCAUCACAAGAGUCCACGAAAGAGUUCUACGCGAAGUAUGCACAAAGGAGUGUGGAGGAUGCAACAAUGGGAGCUGAUCGAACGAUCAUGAUGUAUGGGCCAACAGGCACGGGGAAAACUUACACUAUGUUUGCUCCUGGGGAGGGGAUUGCACACUUGGCGCUGAAGCAACUGCUGGAACAAUCGGCAUUGCCGAGUGGAGGGUUUCAGGAUGCUCAUGAUUCAAGUGUUGAAGGGCCUAAUGGAAUAGAAAGAAGGGCCCACCUGGGAGGUAGUCUGGGGCUAGGAGGGGGUGCAGGAGCGAUGUCUGUAACGGUGACGUGCAUGGAGGUGUACAAUGAACGGGUUAUGGACCUGCUUGCUCCGGUUUCUGAUGCUGGGCAAGGUGGUCUUUCAAGUCGUGGAAAUGCUGCGGCGGCUGCCAGUGCUGUGCCAGGGAAGAUCCUCAAGAUUCAGAGGGGAAGAGCACUUGGUGCCCAUACAGUGUCUGGGUCGGACCCUUUCACGGUAAUGAGGUUGAUUGCCCCUGCGUUGAAGAGGAGGUCGGUUGGGUCCACAAAUUUGAACCAUAUGUCAUCUCGUAGUCACUGCAUUCUUCAGUUCCAUAUCUCACCUGCAGGAGGGAGAUUGACAUUUGUGGACCUGGCUGGCAGUGAGAGCAUCGGACGAUCUGGAGCUACUGAUGAGUCCGCCAAACAGGCGGGAACAAUCAAUCACGGCCUCCUGGUUCUGCGAAGGGUAGUUGAUGCGUUGGCGUUGAAGCACACCCAUGUGCCCUACAGGGAUAGCAAGUUAACACAGUUGUUGAGGAGUUCCCUUCAGGGCCGGGCUAGGAGUCUCAUGGUUCUGUGUACCAGUCCAUGUCCAUCAGAUAUUCAUGAAACUAUUGUAACUCUCCAUUAUGGGACGACAGCACGGGAUAUUGUGCACCUGCCUUCGAAGGAGAAAAUAAAAUCUUCUUCUGGAUCAACUGCGGGGGUUCUUGCAGAGCAGCUGAGGGCAAAGGAUGCAUUUAUCGAGAGACUCCGAGCCCAGAAUGAGGAAUUGGCCUCCAGACUGGCUGCAAUUGAAAGAGCACGCUUGCUGGGGUCUCCACUUACUGGUGAUGCGUCUCUGCCAUCCUUCUCGCAGUUGACACUUGGUGCUGAAGGAAGUUUUAGCGUGAAUGAGGACACAGAGACCAUUGAUGACGAUGAUGACUACUAUGACGAUGUGGCCUCUGAAAGUGGUAGGUCUAUGAGUGCACGUUCAGUGUUCAGUCCACGAGGUAGCGAAGCAGGUGAUCGACCAUGGAUGAUGCCAAGUCCUCUGAACAUCCCUUCUAGAAACAGCACAGGGCGGUUAAGCCUCAAUGGAGCUGAAGAAGAAAGUCGUGCUACUGAAUUUGGGAUGGGCUUGACUCGCAGCAUGAGCAUGGGCAGAGUACCAGGUCUGUCGAAGACGUUGGCAGACCAAAGUGAUGCUAUACGGAAUUGGUCAAAGCUUCGAACAGGAUGGAAGCUGGAGCAGUGGAGGAAAGCUCGGGAAGGCAAACCAUCGCGUGGCCCUCCAUCUGGGAUUCCUCCUGCUGGAGGGGUCAGUCGUCUGUCUUUGGGAGGCAGCAAUGGAAGUCACGGAAAUACUUGCCCGAGCAUGCCCUUGGUAAGCCCAAAACGACCAAAAGAACAACUGGAGCUGGGGCUGGACCUGGGGUUGAUUUCGGACGCUCAGCGUAAGCGAGUGAGGGUCAGAGAACUCCCUGGGCAUGGAGGUCAAUGCGCAGAAGAAAGAGAUACACGGACAGAGCAGGAAGAACAUUCCGAUUGUGCUCCAAAAUCUUGGGAAGUGGUGCAAGUUCACGAGGGCAAAAGAGGUGAUCCUAUUGUGAAUCAGAUGGACUGUCCUCACCAUUCCAGUGGGUCCGAUACGAUGGCCACCACUGCUGAUGACGAGUCCAGUGUCUCAAGCAUUCCUGGUGCUGUGUCGGAGACAUCCAUUGAUAGUCAGUCAGUGGAGUUUGGGGAGGAUGUUACUGCGGAAACGGGACUGGAAAAAUGUGAGAAUGCUUGUGAUCUAUCUAGUCCAAAUGGCCAUGGUAGUGUAUCCCCCCGGGUUGGGAAGAGCAAGAGAAAUAAGAGUGGAAGAAAACUCGAAUUAGCUCAUCAAGGUGACGAAAGAGGUGAGACUGGUGCAAAAUUAUGUCUGGAGGAGGCUGAUGCAGAGUCAUCUGUAACGAGUGUGGAUUCCCUUUCCUCCUGUGCUGAAUCUCCAAGCCCAGAAUCCGGAUGCCGCUCAGAUGAUGCCACUCUGAUUAAGGAGGAGACUGCAAAAGAACUUCCUGAGCCUGUUGAAUUUGUGGUUGGCGUUGUUGACACUGUGGAUACUCUGGCAGCAACAAGUGCAAGUGGUGGACCUGCUGAAGCUGGUGAGUUUCUAGAUGCUGCGGUCAUAUGCGGUCAGAUAGAAGUCGAUGCCGUAGUUCAGGAGGACUCAGGCAGACUGGAUGAGUUACACAUGAAUAGUGGUGUUCACGAGGAGGAUGCAGAUGUCGUUGUUCAGGGGGAUGAGGAGGAAGAGGAGCAGGAGGAGACAGAACUAGGGUUGAAGGGAGAUGUGAAGGAAAUCCCGGAGAACUCUAAUCGGCAGGAUGAUCCUUACGUAGAUGAUCUCCAAGCUGGUGAACAUCAGGAGACACCUGUACAGCAGUUUAUGGCUGGGGUGGGGAAGGCCGUGGAGCUUACGGAUGAGACGGGCAAGGACGGCAAUGCGAAGAAUGAUGUGAAGGAAAUCCCCAGAAACCCCAGCCGGCAGGAUGCUCCUGACAUAGAUGGUUGCCAAGCUGGUGAGCAUCAGGAGGCACCUGUGCAGCAGUGUGUCUCCGGGGUGGGGAAGGGCGCCCCGGAGCUUAUAGAUGACACGCACAAAGCUGGCAAUGCGAAGAAUGAUGAUGAUGGAGUGAAGAAUUGUGCGGAAUCUGUCAAGGAGAUCGAUGCAAAACUCGCAAUCAGUGGCGAUGCAGCAUCUAAUGUGAAGAAGGAAGUCGAGGGUGGAGCAAAGCCCAGGCUUGGCUUGGCAGGACUCAGAGCCCGGCUGGGGAAGACGCUUGGUCUGAAACUCUCGGGAGACGAAGGUGUUGCUGCUGCAAGGGCUAGAGGAAGGACAAAGGAAUUCAUGAGCGAUGGAGCACAGGACAGCCCUGCAGAUGUUCUCUGCAUGCCAGCCUUCCGUACUGCACGAGACUCUGAGAACAAUGGUGGUCUUCUGGCAGGGGAAGAGGAGGACCUGCUGCCUGCACAGCCAGGGUGGUGUGCUAUCAAGGACCCUCCCAAUUUAUCGUUGGGACCAAGUUUUCAUUGCAGGAGCAAGUCAGAAAUGCGCCGGAAUGGUCAGUCCUUACGAUCAUCCAUAGAUAGCACCGCCUGGCUCGUUGAUGCCAAUGCCACCGCCACCUCUUCGAAAGGAGUUCCAUGUGUGUCACCAUCCUCAAACAAUGGUACUGCUAGUUCCUUUACAAUCCCUCUUGCAAAAGAGGUGGUGCCUUCAAGCGAGCACGCGCCAUCAGAGCUGCCUUCAAGCGAGCACGCGCCAUCAGAGCGCAUGUCUCCUCUGCAGAUUGCAGAAUCUCCGAAAUGGCGCCUGGGAAUGGAUCCAGGGUCCCCAAGUACGGAGUCAUUCGCAAGCAGUACCGUGACGCCAACUUCCUCUGUUUCCUCUUUCACUAUGGGAAUGAGGUAUUCUGCAAGAGGUGGACGGCGACCUGCAACGGCCAGGGGAUCGACGGCUGUCCCAGCUACUUCCAGAUCCAUCCCUACGAAGGAGCAGAUGGCACAACUUGUGAAGGCACACCUGAGUAACCACGAUCGAAGGCAUUCUGAUUGUGGUGUCCUCAGUGGAGGGCUGCGGAGUGGCAGCCUUGGAAACUGGGGUUUGACAAGCUCUCCUGGCUGGUCAUCGUCUGAGGAGAAAGGGAGUUUCGUGGCGCAUCGCCGGACUCCGUCAUCGCAGAGCAGCACCCACUCCGAUUCCGGUUGUCUUGCUAGUCAAGAUUUUGGUGAUGCAUUUGCCACAGUUUGGGGAAACGAGAAUCGUCCAUCAACAGGAGUGUCCAGGAAGAUGCGACGAGCCUCAAUGGGAUCGGUUGUGCUAAGAGGAGAUCUCCAGCUUUCUGGCAGUGCAAGCAAGGAGAACGAAAUGGGAAUGAAUCGGGAAAGGAAGGGGGAUGGUUGGAUUCCUGGCAGUGGUCAUACAGCAAGCAACAGUGGGAAGUAUAUGCGUGGAAAAAGUUCAUCAGCAGACUGGCGAGAGCCGUCACUUGUUCCUCCAAUUUCUUUUCAUGACCUUCCUACAGAAGACUUUGUGCUUGAUUUCCCAGGAAAUGUUGCUGCGAGGCCGUCUGGAGGAGGGACUGAGCGUUGUAAGGUUUACGUGAAGGUGGAGGGCCGGAAUCAGCCCGUGAUUUGCAGUCUGGAUGUGAACAAAAAUGCAACUUUUGCAGAUGUCCGGCAGAAGAUCCAGAGGAUGGGUGACAAAGUCCCAGCUUGUUUCGACUUCGUUAUGCUUGGGGAAAUUGGGGGCACACCAAUUGAUAGGGACAUGGAGGGGCAUUUCACUGUUAACUUUCUGCCAAAAUGCCCUUCAGUAGAUCCAGCCCACUGCUCAUACCUGCUGUGCCUGAGGCCAAGCAGCACGGUUCCUCCGCCGCCAUCAAUGUUUUAUCCGUCCUCGCCUUCCCAGAGGUCCACUUGCUCGUCGGCAGGGUACUCGGCCCCCUCGUCUCCUCUGCUUUGUCCGGCGCCUUUCUACCCUUUGAAAAAUUCUGUCAGGCAGUCAUCCUACAUCCCCCUCCCUCCACACCUUCUUGAGUCUAAGGCUUUGGACCCACAGAAGCCUAAGCCUGCUGCAGGGAAUGGAGCAGAACAACAGGAGAGGAGAAGGGACGAAGGGCCUUUGGCAGCAGCAGCUGAUGGUUGGCUUUUGUCGAAUGCAGGACGUACUCCGCAGUUGAGAACCCUGCAGCGACAUAAUAGUUCUGUUGAAGAAAGGGAGGAGAGGAUGAUAGGUGGUGGCCUUGGGUCGAGGUUGUCGUACCCUGGUUCGAUAAUUGUACAGCAUCAUCAGCAUGGGCAUUCAUUCGCACACAGCUCUUCAGCAAACAGCAUAGCAUCCUCUGUGACAGGGGCUGCUCUUAUGCGCAGCACUACGCUCAGCUCAUCUGGGUCGAUCAUGGGAUCGGGAGUGCCACCUCUUGGGCAGGGAAAGAAGUCUACGAUGGGAGUAAAUGAAGAUUUCGCAUUGAAAAAGACAAAGAAGAGCCAGCCAGCAGUUGUGGCGUGGCUGUCUAAAAAGCUUCAAGGAAAGAAGGUACCGUCGGCAGCGAUGGCAUCACCACCCGCGGCCCCAUCAUCAGUUGCCUCCAAGUAUUCAGAGGAUAGUGAUGAUGCACGCACUCGCAGGGCGGCAAUGCGGUUAGUGGGAGGAAAUGAUGUUGUAUGGGAGAGGAAAGCCGUGCUGGCACGAAGAUGAGGUCGUUGUCUUUCAUAUUCUUUAACUCUUUUCAUUAUUCCGUUUCAUUAUAGCAUGUAUACUGUAUAUAGCCUGCAACAAUUCAAUUGUGUUUGUGGGAACUGGUGAGCAGGAGAAGUGGGAACUGGUGAGCACGAGAAGUGAACACGAGAAGUGAAAAUAGUCUUGUGUUCUUUCAAUUUGUCGGUGCCCUGGUGGCACCUGAAGAUGAUUCUAACAGCCAUACUCAAGGCGAGAGAAGGGCUGCCGAGGUCUGUCUCGAGUGGUUGGCGUUGUGCUACAGCUGUUCUGGUUUCUUUUUGCUAUUUUUCCCAGAUGAUCAUCAAUUGUCAACAAAGUCGGGAGCCAGGGGUAAGAACCACAUGCCAUGGUUGUUGGUUUGGUUGUCACAGCUGUUUGGAGGCCAUGCAUUCGGUGUCGGAUGUUUAUGUGGGUUGGCGUCGUUUGGCAAUGAUUCUGACGGUAGUGGUGACGCUUCAUGGCCACACAUCCAGUGUCGAAUGGUUGUGUGCAAUGAUUCCGACCGUAGUGGUGAAGCUUCAUCAGCCUUCUCGGCCACACAUCCAGUGUAGGAUGUGUGUGUGUGUUGUCGACGUUUCUGACGCUGGUGGUUAAGCUUACGACACUGACGGAAAAAACAAAUGUCAUGGUCGUUG